CCUAGCUGGCUAUUCUCCCAGUCCCACGCCGCACCGCCCACACGGCGCACUCCCGCACGCACCGAGCCACCGACGGUCCGACGCCGCACGCCGGAGGACACCCCGCGCGGCUGCCCCCCGGCCUGGGCCUGCCCGCCUUGGCGCCGCCUUCCCGCGGCCCCGCCUCGCGCGGCCUCCCGUGGUCUCGCCCGACGCCGCCCCGCCGCGUCCGGCACUCCGGCCUCCCGCCCUCUGCGCCGGCCCCAGCGGCCCUCCCCCUCCGGACUCCGGACUCCGAUUGAGGCAUGGAGAAGUCAAGCAUUGCGUUACUUAUUCAAAAGCAUGAAGCAAAAAGGAGUUGCAUCUUGUGAUGUACCAAUCCCACCCGUGGAUUUAUCUAAGACCUUUUGAACAAUUUACAUUGUCAUUUAGUUAUAUACCGGCAGGCUGUGCACGAGUGCGUCCUUCCCCUUUCUCGUCCUCCAUCCUCGCGGCGGCGGCGGCGGCGGAAGCGAACCCCGAUGGCACUGAGAGGCGGCCACGCGGCGGCGGCUGCUGGGGUAAGCUCUGGGUCCGAGGAUGACGACGAGGAGGCCGGCUUCUCCAGGAGCUACUUCCUGGCCAAGGAGAAGGAGCCCUCCUCUGGCAAGAAGCGCGCCCGCGCCGCCGGCAAGCUCUCCGACCUCAACCUCGUCGACGAGCAGGUGCUGCGAGCAUCCCUCGCUGAGAUCCCCCCGAAGCACGAGAGAGAGGUGGAGGCUCUGACGAGAAGCUACAAGGAGCAGUACCGCAACUGGCUGUUCGAGCUCAGGUGCGGAUUUGGGCUCCUGAUGUAUGGAUUUGGAUCUAAGAAGAUGUUGCUUGAGGAUUUUGCGUCCACGACCUUGAGCGAUUUCACCGUCAUUGUGGUUAAUGGCUAUCUCCCUUCCAUCAACUUGAAGCAAGUCAUAGUGACAAUAGCUGAAAUAUUUUGGGAACAAACAAAACUUAAGAGAAAACGCCAGACAGCAACAAGGUCCCAGUUGCAGCCAUUUGCAUCCCAAUCAAUAGAUGAUAUUAUCUCCUUUCUAAAUAACCAGACAUCUGACAAUGGGGAUGACAAUGUAUGCCUUCUUAUUCACAACAUCGACGGACCUGCCUUGCGUGACGCUGAAUCACAGCAGUACCUAGCUCAAGUUUCGUGCUGCCCGCAAGUCCAUGUUGUCGCAUCAGUAGAUCAUGUUAAUGCACCUUUGUUAUGGGACAAGAAGAUGGUGCACACACAGUUCAAGUGGAGCUGGUAUCACGUCCCAACGUUUGCACCUUACAAAGUUGAAGGUGUGUUCUACCCCUUGAUUCUUGCCAGCGGCGGUCAUGCCCAAACCAUGAAAACCGCCCUCGUUGUUCUGCAAAGCCUGACACCAAAUGCGCAAAGUGUCUUCAGAGUUCUUGCUGAAUAUCAGUUGGCACACGAGAAGGAGGAAGGUAUGCAUUUCAGUAGCUUGUAUACCAAAUGCCGUGAGCGUUUUCUUGUAAGCAGUCAAGUGACGCUGAACUCCCACCUGACGGAGUUUAAAGACCAUGAUCUGGUGAAGAUCAGAAAGCACUCUGAUGGCCAAGAUUGCCUCCACAUUCCUCUUGUUUCUGAUGCGCUGGAGAAAUUGCUUCAGGAAUUGACCUGACCAGCUGGGUUUGGAAUUUUUUUUUAAUUGAUCGAGCGGUCAGUGAUCACCAUGGAAACAGCUCAGUUGUGUAUUCCAAUCUGUAGUUGUAUAUGGAUUAUUCACCAUUUCAGUUUAUCAAAUAGCUGCUUGUGUCAUGAAUUGUUGUGCUACAUGUUCUGAUUUUCUUCUGCUCAA